AGAAGCAGAAGAGAAAAAAAUCUGAGCAGCGAAAAAAAAAAAGCUGCUAAACUGAUUGUGCCGCCGCGCCGCGAGUGAUUUGGCCCCGGUUCCCGGUUUCGAGCGAUUUUUAAAUUGUUGGGAUAAGGAAAAAUAAAGUGGUCAAGCGCAAAUUAUACAGGCCCCAGUGAUAACCCAAUUAACGGUCCAAUUACUACAGGGGAGGGGAAAAGGCCACAGUGAAAAGUGAGAAGAAAGUCGGUGCGAAAAGUUCUUUGCCACGUUCCGGCGUGACCAUUUUGCAGUGGUGAAUCCUUUUUGUGUCCUUGCUGAGAAAGUCUCUCGGAAUUAGUGAAACGAUCGGAACCAGGAAGUUCCGAGCAGUUUGUGCAACUUUGUUGUUGAGCACCAAAUAAGGAACAUCAAGGGGAAAUGGCUCCGGCGGACAAAAUGGCCAGCAGCGAAGGAUACUUGACCAAGGAGCACCUGGCCGGGUUCGAUAGCUACAAGCUCGUACCCGUCUUUUCCAUUUCCUCAUUACAGUACAGCGCUCGGGACACCUCACCGCUGAGCAUUUACAUCAUGCACCCGUUCUGGAAUUGGCUCGUCGAGUACUUCCCCAAGUGGGUCGCCCCCAACGUGAUGACGUUCGCCGGCUUUCUCUUUACGGUGCUCAACUUUGUGAUGCUGUCGUGGUACGACUGGGGCUUCUGGGCGAGCACGGACCUGCCGGGGUCCGUCCCCAUCCCGAACUGGUUCUGGGCGGCGGCCGCCGUGAACAUCUUCCUCGCGUACACGCUGGACGGCAUCGACGGCAAACAGGCCCGCCGGAUAGGGCUGUCGGGACCGCUGGGGGAGCUGUUCGACCAUGGGCUGGACUCGUACUCGGCGUUCUUCAUUCCGGGCUGUUUGUACAGUAUCUUUGGCCGGGGGGAGUUGUCGGUGCCGCCAAUCCGGAUGUACUACAUCAUGUGGACGAUCUUCUUCAACUUUUACCUGUCGCACUGGGAGAAGUACAACACGGGGGUGCUGUACCUGCCCUGGGGGUACGAUCUGGGCAUGUGGGGAUCGGUGCUGAUGUACCUGGCCACGUGGCACUACGGCUACCAGGUGUGGAAGACCGAGCUGCCGUGGGGAAUCUCGGCCGGUCAGCUGAUGGAGCUGGCGUUGCACGUGAGCGCCAUGUCCAACCUGCCCAUGGUGCUGUACAACAUGUACCGAUCGUACAAGGAUCGCACCGGGAAGAUGCGCACGAUCAAGGAAGCGUUGCGUCCGCUGUUCACGUACGGCACGUUCAUGUUCGUGUCGCUGCUGUGGGUGUUCGUCUCGCCGAACGAUAUUAUGAACCGGGACCCGCGCGCGGUCUACAUCCUCAGCGGAACCGUGUUCAGCAACAUUAGCUGCCGCCUGAUUGUGUCCCAGAUGUCCAACACCAUUGCCGAUACGUUCAACUGGAUGACCGGGGUGUUGGGCCUGGCGGUUGUGUUGAGUCUCGCGAUGCCCGCCAUCGAGCGGCCGCUGCUGUAUCUGCUGGUGGUGGGAUCUACGCUGGCCCACUGGGAGUACGGCUCGACGGUGGUGCAGCAAAUGUGCAAACACUUCAACAGGAUAUGCUUCAAAGUAACCAAACCAAAGCCAGUCACCGAAUAAAAUCUAAGUCAAUGUGGCAGUACACGCGACGAGCCGUCGUCACCGACGCUACCGACGGUUCUGGUCAAAGAAGUUUAAGCGUAGGGACUAUGUUUUAAGCAUCACACAAGAAGGCGACACAUAAUUGUAAAGGCAAGAUAUCAGGAAGAACAACUUUUUUGUUUUGUUUCUAGUAGAUAGGACGCGUAUUCAAAGAAAAGUAUCCACCCCUUAAUUUAUUUUACAAUUUUAAACCAGUUUUUAUUGCUCUCGAAUGACUCGAAAUGUUGUGUUCCUAAAUAGUGGCUCUCGAAAUGUUGCAUUUCUUUUUUAGGGUUUUUGUUUGAGCGGCACGUGCUCGCGCGUCUAAUUUUGUGUAUAGGGAAAGGCAGCGAGAACAAAUUAGAUGUAAACACACAUACACACACACAUACACACUUUGCUAUGGCAGCGUUUAGCAAAACAAAAAGGAAAAAAAAACAACAAAACAAUACUUUAUAAUAUAUUUUGGAAUUGUCUUUUUUUAACAUCACGACAAUAAAGUUAACGUAUUCGACUGAAGAAAUUGCUUUGCGAGCGUGUGCGCGUUAGUUGGAGAACAUUAGCACCGGAGAAAGUGAUAUCAAUCGUAGUUUUAACAAUCGGACAACUUAUUAGCUUUCAUUGUUUCACGUUUCGUCAGUCUCUUUUCUUCUAUUUGUGCCAUUCUAGCUUGGAUUAAAUUAUUUAAAAUGCAGAUGCGAACGCGCUUUCACCAUCGAUUUGUGUGUCUAAGAACAAAGAUAAACCGAGAUUAUGAUCGAUUAGUAUUGAGAUGAAAGAAAUCGCUUCCAGAAAAGAGUCUAUUAAGUCGGAAAGGAGUAACGUUAUUGUAAAUAUAUACUAUACACGUUCCACCCUGAAACAGAAGGGUUUUGCGGGAAGGAAUCGUACGCGUGAACAGAGCAGGGCAGCA